AUGCCUGAACAGAGUGGAUCCGAUAUCUCUUUGACUUCGUCCAGCUCGUCAGUAUGCCCGGGUGAUCGCAAUACGAGGUCCGACUCGUCGUCAUGUGACGCCCUGGUCCCAUCGCAGUAUCGUCAGCCUUCUGAAGGGGUCCCGGUGACAAGGGAAUCGCAACCCAUGUUGAACGAUACUGAUGCGGCUUCCCCAAGUGCCUUCGACCCGGUGGACCUGGGUAUCUCUGCCAUCAUGGCGCUGCCACAGUACCCGAGCGUCGCCACCAACGAGGCAAACUUUUUGGCGGUGUCCGAGGUCGUGAAUGCCGUCAUCGAUCGCGAGGCAUAUUUCCGUCGUGUCGGGGGAGGGGACGAGGGAACCCUCCAUCAUCCCUCGUCGCCGCCGACCGACUUGUACAUGUCGGAUUCGGAGAUGACGGAUGUAUUGUCCGACCUGGGCGGCGUACCUCUAGGGCCAUAUGAGAGCGGGCCAUUAGGCAUGGGAACACUCGUUCACCACUUGAUCGACCAUUCAGCAGCCAGGCGUGCCAUCUCCACGAUUUCAGAAGACAGUGAGGAUGAAGAUGAAGACACCGCAGCCCUAAUCACAGACUACGACACUCCAGUUAAUGAACUUCUCCCAACACCGUUAUCCGAGCAAGACGAUCUCCUCGACGACGCAGAGAAGUUCUACUCGGAUGAUGAUGAUGCCGAAGACUAUACUGAUCAUGCCCAGACUCAUCAUGGCGAGGAUCUAUCAGAGGUUGAUUACGAUGAUUUCUACCGAGGCACGGAACAUGACCUUGGUUCACAGGCAACAGAACUUACCAGCCAUGAUGAGCACAAUUACCCCUCAGAUGGUGAGGAUUGGAAUGGUGGAGAUUUAACCGGCGAUCCUCACUUUCCAGCUUCCGUCAUACAUGGGACAACCCAUGAAAGGAACUUCACUAUCGACCAGUUUAUUUCUCAAUGGCUUGUCCAGUCGACUGCAGCUGCGAUACCGAAUCUUCCACAUAUAUCAAGCGCAAUACCACCAAGUCCCAUCUGCAAUAUCCUUGGAUGGAAACCUCCAGCAAAGAUCGCGCGGCCAAGCGGGUAUACAGGAGACUUUUAUGAUAUCCAACAGAUCCCGUGGUGGGAGACCCUGCGGGUCAAGCGCGCCGACGCCCGAGGUCUGCGCGAUCUUUGGUAUACGUCGUAUCACAACCUAGAGUACUCAAAUCAACGGCCGGGCUUGCGACUAUCCCAGGGGGAAUUCUGCUUCCGGGAGAAAUCAAUGUACACAAAGCACAAGGCUACGAUCGAGCACUUUCAACUUCGAAAUCUAAUGUCGGUCGCAGCCUACAACACCGUCCACUUUGCCCAUGAGUCUAAAUUGUAUUCCUGGGUGCCUGCGUAUAACGACUUGAGUUGUUUGAUCGACUUGUCCAAGCCAUCUACCGAAACCGGAUUCCACGGGCCGGUGAAGAUUUCCACUAUGAAGUCGGCGCACGAUGUUGCUAUCGCUGGUGGGUUUUCAGGUGAAUAUGCUGUGCGGGCGGCGAGUACGCAGGAGCACGGCGUGGAAGGCUUCGUAACGAAAGACCCAAACGGGAUCACUAACCAUAUUGAUGUGGUGCCCAGUCGCACAAGCCGGUCGCCGAUGGGCAUCUUUGCUUCCAAUGACCGACACCUCCGCGUGCUGGACGUUGAAACCAACACAUUUGUUGCAGACCAUGAGCUGUCGCGCGCCAUUAACUGCACAACCACUUCGCCGGAUGGACGCCUACGGUGUGUCAUUGGUGACUCGCCGGAAGCUUGGGUCGUUGAGGCAGACACGGGACGACCCGUUCAUCCCCUCCGAGGCCAUCAUGAUUUUGGGUUUGCCUGCGCGUGGUCUCCUGAUAUGCGGCAUAUCGCCACCAGCAACCAAGAUAAGACGGUGAUAAUCUGGGAUGCGCGGACUUGGCGCGUCCUGGAGAAGAUUGAGUCAGACGUAGCGGGGUAUCGGUCCGUCCGAUAUUCACCGGUGGGCGGCGGCCCACGCACGCUCCUGCUGUGCGAACCUGCUGAUCGCAUCUCGAUCAUCAACGCGCAAACAUAUCAAACGCGGCAAGUACACGACUUCUUUGGGGAAAUCGGCGGCGCAGACUACUCUCCGGACGGUAGCACGAUCUGGGUUGCCAAUACGGACGAGCAUUUCGGUGGGUUCAUGGAAUACGAGCGACGCCAAUGGGGCCAGCGGUACGGAGUGCGGGAUUUGCCCAAUGAAUGGCUACGAGAAUCUGACUUGAAUGAGGAUGAACGAUGCAUUCUUAGCGAACGGGAGCGUCAGAUGCGUUUCUGGUGGAACUUAAGCGACGAGGAACAUGAAGAGUUAUUGCUGGUGUAGCGAUCGCAUGGGAGAUGGCGCAUAUUUUCGGCAUAUCUUUCUGCCCAGUUUUUUUUUUUCAUUUUCUUUUUCUAAUUUCUUCAUAUAGGUUUACUGUGCUUGCACCAUACUGGGCGGAUGACUGACUGCAUUACGAGAUACCACUGAAUAUUAUUUAUUUAUUCCCCUGUUGUUUGAUACCUACUAAUACUGUUUGGUGAUAGUAUAAAACUGCCUA